AUGUGGCGUGACCGCAUUUCGGGUCAAUCGACUCCAUCGGGAGGUAAUCGUAAUCCCUCCUUACCCCGACGGUCUUCAUCGCAACUCUCCCGAGGCCCCUACAACGCUCGUCCUGGCAAUACCUCAAGAACCUCCUCGACCUCAUUACUCGUGUCUCCGAGUGAUUCGACUACCUCACUUCCAGGAACCGCACGUCCACCCAAUGGCACGGGAUUGAGACAGUCAAAUGCUCAGCGACCGCGUCCGGCGGUAGUUCCCGACCCGCUAGAGGUCUUGAAUGGGAUCAUUCGGAAGGGGCAACAGGAAAAGGAUAUCCCGCAACUAUCUACAAGACCAGAACAACGACCAAAAGAGUUGGUGGCGACAAUUGACUUUGAAGGAUUGAGUCUGGAGGAAUUCGUGGCGAAGGCAGCUCCGACAGCCAGAAAGUUUCCUGGCAGCGACGUCGAUGCGCAAACGAUUCAACAGUUCGAGCAGGAGCGGGACAAGUUCCAAGAUCUCCAUACCGCCAUUAGUGGCUGUGAUGAUGUCUCCAAGUCAGUGGAGCUGUACCUGAACGACUUCCAGAAUGAGUUGGGAGCGGUGUCCGCGGAGAUCGAAACACUGCAAACUCGCUCUACCCAGCUGAAUGCGAUGCUCGAGAACCGAAGAAAUGUUGAGCGCUUGCUUGGCCCAGCGGUGGAGGAGAUUAGUAUCUCACCGAGAGCUGUUCGUGCGAUCGUUGAAGGUCCCAUGGAUGAAAAUUGGGUGCGUGCCCUGAACGAGAUUGACGCUCGGACUACAGGCAUCGAAGCCAAGGCGUCCUCCUCGGCUGGUUUCAAGGCGAUCGAGGAUGUACGACCACUUUUGAUCGAUGUGAAGAAUAAGGUAGAUAACGUCUUGCGAUCCAUGUAG